GGUUAACAAUAACAGUACAGGAGGUUACACCUUCAAUUGACAUUCCGUCCUGUUUUUUUGGCUUGGACGGUUUGUAAAAAAACAAAAUUUAAAAUUAUUUAGCUUUAAAAAAAAGAGGAAAAUCUAAAAGUGGAAUUUGUUAAAAGUAAAUAAAUCGGUCCCUUAAAAAAUGUACAUCGUCGGUCUGACAGGGGGAAUCGCGUCCGGCAAGAGCACCGUGUCGAAAAUCCUCAAGGAGGCCGGCAUACCAGUCGUAGAUGCUGAUUUUCACGCGAGGAGAGUUGUCGAACCGGGGCGGAAAGCAUGGAAGAAGAUCAAGGCUGAGUUCGGAGAUAAAAUACUCAAGAGCAAUGGCCAGCUUGACAGGGAGCAGCUUGGCAUGCUUAUAUUUCAAGACAGGGCAAAAAGGAGGAGGCUCAAUGAGAUAACACACCCAGAAAUCUACAAGGAGAUGUUCUGGGAGUCAAUCAAAUGUUUUUAUGAAGGACAUGCUUUUAUUGUGCUCGACUUGCCAUUGCUUUUUGAGUCUGGGACGAUGGUCGAUUACUGCCACAAAAUAAUCGUCGUGACCUGCGAGCCCGAACAGCAGCUGGAGCGGUUAUUGUUGCGUGACAACCUGACCGAGAGGUCGGCCCGUAUGAGGAUUGAGAGUCAGAUGUCAUUGGAUGAGAAAGCGAGGCAGGCGAGUUUUGUCAUCGACAACUCUGGAACAAUUGAAGACACGCAGACUCAGGUCGAACAGCUCAUAAGGCUCUUGAAGGCUGACAAGUUCCACUGGAAGGUCCGUCUCAUAUGUGGCAUUGCAGUUUUCUUCUCUGUCUCGUUAGUAUGCUGGCUCAUAACGACUAAAUGACACUUUGGAUAACGGUGUAACAUCUGCGAUAUCGUAUUACCCACAUAACACACCUGCUUUUGAAUAAAAGGCCAAUUUUAUUGGGUUCUUUUUUUU